UGCCCCCCUACUGGUCACAGCCCAAUGACAUAGAUAACUUUUCCUUGGUCCAAUACUAUCAUAUUAGACAAACAAAUUAAGUUAAGAAUUGUCCUUGCUCCAUCUCCUUUUUCUGUUUCGUUUUGGUUCCAUCACCCUACAUGUAAUUCAACAUUUUCUUUAAUUUUUUUAUGCAUCUAUAUGAAGGCAAUGUUUUCACUUAGCUAAUUACAAAUUUCCACACAUGGCCUUCGUCAUUAUGCAGCACCAUCCAGUGAAGCAGUGGGGAACUUAGAGAUGAGCUUGGAAUUGGAUGCACCCAAACCAAAGCGUAAUCGAUCACGUAUUGCAAAGAAAAGUGGAACAGCCAUGAUGCUUCCACUACAUUUCCAUUACAAAGAUGUACUACGUCAGGAUCUGUUGCUGAAACAGAACCAUGCCAAUAUCAUGCAAGUUCCUGGAUUGUAUGGAAUCAGAUUAGCACCAAAAGCAGGUUCUGAUUUGAGGGUUCCAAUUGGAAAAUUGGCAAUGGAGAUUUUGAGUGGCCAGAGAUUCAAAGAGGUACAAAGUGACCCUUUUUCUAAAGCAAGAAAGUCUGCUCGAACCAAUCCAUUCAUUGGGGCUGGCAAAGACAGUGGCAAUGCCUUUGCACGACAGAGUGUUCUCCGAGGGCAUGCAACGUACAAUUUCUUGGUCAGAAUGUUGACAGUGAUGUCCAUGUUACAUUCUCGGGCCGAAAUUCGGGAAAACACCAUAAAGUUCUUCAUGGAGACGGAGUUCUGUGAGUUCUCCCCGGAACUGGAAGAUCACUUUGAGAUCUUCGAGCAUAUCCGAGGAUUCAACGUGACUAUCGUCACUUCGGCCGACACAAAAGAUGAGACCUCGCUACUGUGGAGUGGCUUCAUGCUAAAUGAUGAGGGGGAAACCAAGUAAGGGGCUGAAGGUGGUCACUUCUCUCAAAAUGGGUGGUGGUUAUUGCUCAGUACAAUGCAGCAUCCAUCAGUUUUGUAGACUGAAUGAAUGAAGCUUGCAUGAUUGUUAUGUGUAGCGAUGUAUGGAGCUCAUGUUUAAUUGCUACAUUUGAUACUAUAUGGACUUAAUAAUGUAGGCUUCAAUAGGUAACUUUUUGCUUAUUUCUGUGGGUCAUGCUGUAGUAGUAGUAGCAUGGAAUGUUCGUUGCUGUUUGUCAAAACCAUUGCAAGAGAGGGCAACGCAACGAAGCUCAUCUUCAGUACAUGAAA